ACGAAACCAACCCAAUAGUAAAACUUCAUAAAUAAGUUGAAAAAAAUACAAGAUGGAAACCAAGAGAGUAAAGCCAACACAAUUACUACUAACUUCAACUUUAUGCUUAUUAAUUGGACCUACAUAUAAUAAACUAUAGUCUUGAAAAUCCUUUUAUCAAAAAAAAAUUUGUGACUCAUAUUUUUGCUAUGCAUGUGACCUUCCCAAAUUAAAUUACCCAUCUUGUCGGUUAUUACAACCUUCCCACCCCCACCUCUUCUCUUCUCUUUUUCUCGUGAAUAAUCCCAUUAAUAUUAAAAAAAAUUAAAAAAGACUUAAUUUAUAACCAAUCACAAUUUUACACGCAACUACCACCCCCUUAAUUUGGCAAUAAAAGCCAACUUUCUUCUCAACUAACAAACGCAAACUAAACCUCUCCCUCCAAAAAAAAUAAACUAACUUAUUAACAACCUUUACUAAGAAAAUGAUGAAAAUGAAACAUACAUUAUUUCCUCAUUUUUUUGUUACACUUCUAAUGUUGUUACUUACUAGGAUGCCAUAUUUGGUGUACUCAUAUCAUGAUUACCAUGAGGCACUUGUUAAGUCUAUUCUUUUCUUUGAAGGCCAAAGGUCGGGUAACUUGCCCCGAGACCAACGGGUCGAGUGGCGCGCUCACUCGGGUCUCGGGGAUGGGUUCGAGCACGGGUUGGACCUUACGGGCGGGUACUACGACGCCGGGGAUAAUGUUAAGUUUAAUUUUCCUAUGGCCUUCACCACCACAAUGUUGGCAUGGAGUGUGGUGGAGUUUGGGGAGUUUAUGCCUCCUAGUGAGUUGAGGAAUUCUUUGGUUGCUAUUAAAUGGGCUACUGAUUACCUCCUCAAGACGGUUUCCCAGCCCAAUAGGAUUUAUGUACAGGUAGGUGAUCCAAUUAGUGACCAUAAUUGUUGGGAGAGGCCAGAGGAUAUGGACACUAAAAGGACAGUCUACAUGGUUGAUGCACCAAAUCCGGCUUCCGAUGUCGCUGGUGAGACCGCGGCAGCCCUGGCAGCUGCUUCAAUGGCCUUCCGAUCAGCUGACCGUGGCUACUCUGAAACCUUAUUAAGAAAUGCCCAAAAUGCAUUUCAAUUUGCAGAUAGCUUUAGAGGAGCUUAUAGUGACAAUUCAGAUGUUAAAGGUGGUGCCUGCCCUUUCUAUUGUGACUUUGAUGGAUAUCAGGAUGAACUACUUUGGGGAGCAGCAUGGUUGAGAAGAGCAACUGAAGAUGACACAUACCUUAAUUACGUAGCAAGUAAUGCCCACACUCUUGGGGCUGAUGACAAUAUCAAUGAAUUUGGUUGGGACAAUAAACAUGCUGGCCUUAAUGUACUAGUCUCCAAGGAUGAACUACUUUGGGGAGCAGCAUGGUUGAGAAGAGCAACUGAAGAUGACACAUACCUUAAUUACGUAGCAAGUAAUGCCCACACUCUUGGGGCUGAUGACAAUAUCAAUGAAUUUGGUUGGGACAAUAAACAUGCUGGCCUUAAUGUACUAGUCUCCAAGGAAGUGCUAGAAGGAAGCACAUACUCUCUACAACUCUACAAAUCAUCAGCAGAUAGUUUCAUGUGCACAUUAAUCCCCGAAACCUCAUCUUUCCACAUUGAGUACACCCCCGGUGGCCUCAUCUAUCGCCCGGGGGGCAGCAAUCUCCAACAUGCCACAACCAUAUCUUUCCUCUUACUCGUAUACGCAAAGUACCUCGAUAAAACGUCUCAAACCGUGAAUUGUGGUGCCGUUAGCGUUGGGGCCGACAAGCUCCGGCGAAUAGCUCAAAGGCAGGUUAACUACAUCUUGGGUGAGAACCCCAUGGGAAUGUCCUACAUGGUAGGAUAUAGUCUCAAGUACCCUCAAAGGAUUCACCAUAGAGGUUCAUCAUUACCUUCUAUUAAAGACCACCCUCAGCCCAUUGCUUGCAAAGAAGGGUCCAUUUAUUUUAACUCGACCCAGCCCAACCCAAAUGUCCACAUCGGUGCUGUUGUGGGCGGGCCCGGGGAGGAUGACUUGUAUGACGACAAUCGGGCUGAUUUUAGAAAGUCCGAGCCCACCACCUACAUUAAUGCCCCAUUAGUUGGGGCCCUAGCUUAUUUUACAGCUAAUCCAGGCCCAAAUUAGUGAUAAUGAGCUACUAAUCACAUUUUGUAUAUACAAAAAUGAGUAGCGAUUACAUCUUCCACCACACUUGGACAAUCCCCCGUCCAUACUCUAGUUGAAAACUCGAGCAGGGUAAGGUGAGCCAUAGCAUGUGCUACGAUAGCCUCAAUAGUUUUUUUUUAAUGUACAUGGGAAGUGUCUCUCAUCUUGUGUGAAGCCGAGAAGGAAGAGGCUUAUACAUUUUUUUUUUUUUUACUUUUUUUGAAGAGAGAAAUUAAAUUUCGAUUGAGGAAUGGAAAUCCUCUUACAAGUCACAAUAAAUCAUUGUGAUUUUGCUUUAUUUGUGUGAUCACAUAGACUUGAGUUUGAUGUAAUGAAAUGGUGAUGCCAACACUUGGUACUUCCAAAGUCAGUUAAAAGAAUAUAAAUAUAGUACUAUUUCG